UAUUAUAGUAAUAACACAGGCGAUGUGAUUGAGCAGAAGAGGACAUCCAGUGAACUUAAUGCGACGAACUGUCAGCUAGCUGAAGAUAAACCAGAGCGGUGUUUAUGAUAUUCAUCAGUUUUAAGAAAACCAACAAUACUUCCGCACUAUGGCAUUUAACUUCGGUCAGACGGGGACGGGAGGCUUCGCCUUCGGAGCCCCUAAAACCACCGCUGCACCCCCCACAGGCUUCGGGCUGCAGACCAGCGCUCCUGCGGGGGGCGGCUUCUCUUUCGGGGCCAGCCAACCCCAGACGCAGACUUCGGGGAACCCACAGACGUCUCAGCUCGCAGGACUCCUCGCACAGCCGACGCAGAACAGUGGAAGCACACAGGGAGGAUUCAGCUUCGGGGGCCAGCCUCAGAGCACCGCCCCGAGUGGAGGAUUCUCUUUCGGUAACUCUCUUCCAAAACUCAGCACACCUGCAGCAUCUCAGCCUGCGACCACAAGUGUGACUCUGGGGGCUUCGACUGCCGGGACGGGCUUCAGUUUUGGAGGUCUCUCCACUCAGACCACUGCAGCCCAGCAGCCUUUGGGUGGGUUCAGCUUUGGGACGCCCAAAGUUCAAGCCUCCUCCGCUGCCCCGGCACAGCCCACCCCUUCGCUCUCAAUCGGGGCUCAACCCACAGGGCUGACUCUUGGAGCUCCUACUAUUGCCUCCACAGCCUCAACAACUGCAAUUAACUUUGGAUUUAAAACUUCAGCCACCCCAGCUCCCAUCAGCUCAGCACAGAGUCAGUCCCUGACCGCUCCAGUGUCCUCUCUGUUUGCUGCUCCUAUAGCCUCAACACCAGCCACAGGAUUCACAUUGGGCUCGUCGAUGGCCUCGGUGGCUCCUGUGAUGAGUUCAGCAUCCAUCGCUCCCACAAGCCUGUCUCUGAAACCUCUAGGAACCGCUCCUGCUAUGAGCACAGCCGCUGCUAGCACUGCAGCCACUGGCUUUUCUCUGGCACUGAAGACCGCAGCAUCCACUGCACCAUCCACCAUCACAUCCACCUCCUCCACCAUCCUCACAACCAGCACUGCUCCAGUGAUGUCAUACGCUCAGCUGGAGGCUUUGAUUAACAAGUGGAGCUCAGAACUAGAAGACCAAGAGCGACACUUUCUUCAGCAGGCCACUCAGGUCAACGCCUGGGACCGCAUGCUGGUGGAGAACGGAGAGAAGAUAACUGCUUUACAUAAAGAUAUGGAAAAAGUGAAACUGGACCAGCGAAGGUUGGAUCAGGAACUGGACUUCAUCCUGUCCCAGCAGAAAGAGCUGGAGGACCUUCUGGGUCCAUUAGAGGAGUCUGUGAAGGAGCAGAGCGGAACCAUUUACAUGCAGAACGCAGAUGAAGAGCGAGAGAGAACGUACAAGUUGGCAGAAAAUGUAGAUGCCCAGCUCAAGAGAAUGUCCCAAGAUCUGAAAGAGAUUAUUGAGCACCUCAACACCUCCAGCGGUCCUGCUGACAACGCUGACCCGCUUCAGCAGAUCUGCAGAAUCCUCAAUGCACAUAUGGACUCCCUGCAGUGGGUAGAGCAGAACUCUGUGUUACUCGGGAGGCGAGUGGAGGAGGUCUCAAAGCUGUGUGAAAGCCGCAGCAAGGAACAAGAGAAGGGCUUUCGUCUGAACUUCCAGUGAUCAUGCAUUGUUUUUUCCCCAUUUUUCUCUCAGUCAGUUAUAAAUGAAUGCCAUUGUAUUUGCUUCAAAAUAAAAUUAUUUCCUUCUACUCCA